GUGAAGUGGCGGUUGAAGUCUCGCAGCACCGCAGCCUCGCAGCCUCGCAUUAUGUCUGAAAGCCGGCGGGGUGUGGUGUAUUUGAUCACCGGAGGUUGCGGUUUCCUCGGCAGGCACCUGCUGAGGGUCCUGCUGGAGAAGGAGGACAGACUGGAGGAGGUCCGGGUGUUCGACAAACACACAGACCCCAGUUUAAAUGGACUGAGCACAGAGCGGACAAAGGUGGUGGUCAUUCAGGGGGAUAUCACAGACUACAGCAGUGUGUUAGAGGCCUCUCGUGGGGCUGACGUCGUCAUCCACACAGCCAGCUUGGUGGACGUUUGGCACAGAGUCCCAGAAGCUGUCAUCUACUCGGUCAACGUCACAGGAACGGAGAAUGUGAUCAAUGCCUGUGUGGAGAUUGGUAUCCAGUGCCUGGUCUACACCAGCAGCAUGGAAGUGAUUGGUCCCAACGUCGACGGAGACCCCUUUAUCAGAGGCAAUGAAGACACACCUUACCAUGUGAGACACACUAUGGCCUAUCCGAAGAGCAAGGCAAAGGCAGAGAAAAUUGUGCUUGAAGCUAAUGGCACAAAGUUAAAAGGUGGAAAGUGUUUAUACACAUGCUCUCUGAGGCCGACAGGGAUCUACGGUGAGGGGCAUGAGCUAAUAAAGGACUUCUACAAACUGGGUGUCGAAAGGGGAGGGUUAAUUAUUGGAGGUGUCCCAGCUAGCACCGAACAUGGGCGGGUGUAUGCAGGCAACGUGGCAUGGAUGCAUAUACUUGCUGCCCGAGCCCUGAGAGAGUGCCCACAGACGGUCGGAGGUGAGGCUUUCUUCUGCUACGAUGACUCACCGUACAAGAGCUACGAGGAUUUCAACAUGAUGUUCCUCUCCACAUUUAACUUCCGAAGGGUCCGCAUGCCCGCACUGGUGCUCUGGUUCCUGGCCAUGGUUAAUGACCUGCUCCGCUGGAUACUGAGCCCCGUGUAUAACUACACACCGUUGCUGAACCGUUACACCUUGGCCGUGGCCAGUACCUCCUUCACAGUGGGCACAGACAAAGCUCUACGUUACUUCCAGUACCGCCCCCUGUUUGACUGGGAUCAGUGUCGAGCCCGCACACAGAAAUGGGUUGACACAUUCCCUCUAGAUCUCAAAGACUCAUAAUGUGACCUCAGCUACUCAAGAGCUGCUAUGUAGACACGCGGGACUAUCGACACGUAUGAAAAAAGAAGUCCCCUGCUAUUGGGUGACAAUAUUAAAGAUCGAAUAAAAAAUUCAUUAUUCAACUGCAUAUUAAAAAUAAAGACCUCAGAACUUUGCUGAGUGCUUUUAUGCUAUAUUUUAGUGAGUGUUUUUGCAGUAAUUUUUGUCUGCAAACUCCCAAAAAGGGUGUGUUGUACUACUAACUGAAGAAUAUUCUUAACAAAAAUGCAGUACUCUUCUUACAAUCUUACUGAAAUUUAGUUGUAUUUCAUUUGUCUCAGACACAUACAGUAUUUAGGAUUAGUCAUAAAUUCAGCCUCUACUUACAAAUGUUAUUUAAAAGAAUUUUUCAAAACAGAAUUUCCAAAGACAACCAUGAAAUGGUCUGUAAAAAGAAUACUAAAGGCUGUAGUAAGGGGGAAAAGCAAUACCUAACAUGGAAUUGAAGCUAUGAAAAGGUGACUCUUUAAAAAAAUGGGUUUUAAGAAGUCCCUUUUUUUUUUUUUUUUUAAUAUAACACUGAUUUUUGUCUGUGUAGGCUGGGUACUGUCUGCAAAAGUCAGAGAUUGAUGCAGAUACGCUAGUCUAGCACAGUCUAUACAGAAAACUUAAUGUAUGUGCUUUAUCUGAACAAAUAAUUUUAUUAACAGCCUUGUUAAAGAAGAUAUGAUUUAUUAUUCUAUUUCAUUGCAUUCAGUACUUGGUGGUUGUACCAAAAAAAACAACAAAGGGAUUGUGCCUUUUGUUAAGACUAUGCUUACGUAUUAUAUAUUUCUCCAUUAGAGAUUGUCUAACAUCCGCAUUUGUAGCUAUUUAAAUUAUGACCAAUGUAAACACAAUUUACAAGGAAUUUACUACAUGUAUAUCAACUUUAGAACUGUAUUUUAGUAAUGCAUAUUAUUGAUAUCAGUGUUUUAUGCUGAUAGCCCGAUGACAUUUCAGGGUGUACCCCGCCUCUCACUCGUCCUUCAAAGGAUACGCGGUAUAGCGAAUGGGUGGAUCAAUGUUUAAAUGCUGCAUAAUUUAAAGAAUAUUAAAUGUUUAAAAUUACAUCGCCAGAAUUUUAUCCUGUUUAAUAUGUUAAUUUUUUGUGU